AUGCCAAAUCAUUUAAAGACUUUUCUAUCAAGUGUACAACGUUGGUUAGAAAAAGCAUCCAAUGGUCCUAUCAUCAAAGGUAAUUUACCACCAUUUACUUUAACUGGUGAUUUCAAUGAUGCUAUAUUUCGAAUGCCUUUGACAAACAAAGUUCCAUGGUGGAAAGAAAAUAUGAACUUAAAAGAUUUAGAUUAUUCGCUGACUGAGCUUCAUUCACAAUCAACUAUGGGUUCAUGGUGCAAUUAUGAUGAUGCGCAUAAUUAUUAUAAAAAUGUUAUCAAUAAAGAUCUUCAAUUUCAAGAAUAUAAACAAGUACAUUUAAAAGAGACUGAACAAGAUCAAACAAGUACAAAUACAACAAACGUUAAUUCUUCACGUCAUACACGUUUUAAUACAACUAUUAAAAAGGGUACGAGUGCUUGGGAUAUUAUUGAAGACAGAGAACUUAUACGAGAAUAUGAAAGAAGACUUGCUGGAGAAAAAUCAAAAGAAUCACAUAUAAACGAAGCUGGUUGGAAUCGUUUUCUAGAACGAAUAUUGCCAUUAAUAUCAGAUAUUAAAGAAGGGAAAAUUGAUAUGACAUCAAACGAUAUACAAGGAAAAAUCGGAGCAGAACUCAAAACAAAAAAAGAAAUAAAAGAACUUAAUGCAUUAGAUGAUCCAAAUAAUGAAAUUUGGAAAAACAAACAAUUUUCUUCAUGGCGAAAAAGAUUUAUUCAAACGAAACUAUUAAAUACGAUUAAAUGGCAAGAAUUUUGUGCAGCACAAACAAAUAAACAAGGAUGA